AUGCCAUUCUUGAAAGAAAACUACGCUCGGAGGGCACCUCUACCAACCUCGAUGCUUUUUGAAUUCAGUGCGUUCUCCUCUCGGCUACUUGAUGCAAUAUCUCUAACUCCUCCAGUUAUCCACCAUUUUGGCCCAGUCUGUAUCUGGAGGCCGCGCGGCGGGAAUCUCGACAGAGAAGUCUUCAAAGCCAACUUCCUGCAUUACAUGUUCCGUGAGCCUGCACUUCUAGAAGCCAUGUUCUGCGCCGCCUUACGGACGUUGGAGGUUUGUCCAUCAGAUGUAGUGCUUGCUUCAAAGGAAUCCAAGCAACACUAUGGCAAUUCCAUCUCUCUUCUGACGCAACGAGUUUCUGAUCCAUCGGCGGUCUUUGAUGACGCCAUCUUUUGGGCUAUCGCCACCCUCAUGCUAUAUGACCUUGACAGAAGGAGUUGGGAAUCCUUCUUAGUCAAUCUUGACGGAAUCCGUAGAAUCAUUUCCUUGCGUGGCGGAAAGUCAUCAGGACAAGUUUCGUCUGAUCGAUCGCAUAGCUUCCACGAGUGGGCAGAGAAAUGCUAUGCCGAUCGUAACGAGACGGCCCUUUCUGCUGUCCCCUUCGUCAUUUUAACACCGCACGAUGGAGUACGACCAGAGAAAACCAUUGCUCGACACGUAUCAGAUCCAUUAAACCAACUGCGAAACUAUGCGACGUUCUGCCCCGAGGGAAUUCGUUCGAUGCAACUCGGCAACAUGCUUGAACCAGAAUCGAUCAACUCAAUCGGGCGCUUUCUCGCAUGGUAUAAUACUUAUACUAUGAUGUCCUCAGCAGAUAGACGGACUGGAAAGAUCGCCGGUGACAGAACCUCUCUCAUAUUCGAACUUCACCAGUUGUUAAGUCGCGGCAUUCUGGGUGCUAGAAGCCGUGUUGUUUGUUUGGCCAUGUUCGCCCUAACGCUGAUGGUCCAUCCCAUUUUCACCGGCCCGGGGUUCGUUGGCACCUUCAGUGGUGACAUGACCGACUUCAGUUACAUCAGCACACAUAUGCUAUCCGAAGACCACGUCAUCUGGCUUGCCCUGGUGCUGGCGCCAAUGCAUACCAUGUUCUUCAUACAAUCCGAAGAUAGAUGCAAAUUGUUGCACAUGGUGGCGGCGCAUCAGCAAAGGUCAACGUCGUGGACAGAUGUGCUCAACAAAGUACGCAGAUUCAUUGCUCCUAAGAAUCUUCUUGUAGAAUGGGAGUCUUGUUGGCAUUCUGCCACCCAAGCAUUACCACGAAGCUCUUGA